CAGAUUAAAUGGAUACAAAUUAUUUAAAAUUUAAAUGAUUUAAGUUUAAUUCAAAUUCAGUAUUGACACACAGACACGGAUAUAGUUUAUAUCGACUUCCUAUAGGAAAACAAUCUAAACAAAGCUGCGGGGUCAACGAACGCGUUGCCAAUGUUUACAUGUAAAAUGGCUACCGCUAUCUAAAGACUAGCAGUCGAUUCCAAUCAGCCAGUGAUAUAUUUCAAAUGAAUUGAGGAUGAUGAAAAUGUAUAGAAUAUUGCAGUAGAAUUUUCCUAACAUCUGAAGGCUGUUAUAAUUUAUCAAAAUGAGUUCUCAUUCGGGAAUGCUAGGUAAAGCCUUGAGCCGCAGCGGCGACUUAGCAACAAUGGAGGUCCAGGCUAAACCGAUUCUUCCAACAACAGAAAAAGACCCAUCUGAUUUGGAUCUGCAACCACGGGUUUACAAGCGACGGUGGAUGAUUGUGUUUUUGUUCGCCUUCUAUUCUCUCAGUAACGCGUACCAGUGGAUACAUUUAAACAUUAUAGGCGACGUUAUACUAAAAUAUUACAAUGCUAGCAUGCCAGAGGAUCAAUUUCAAAGGGAAACCACAUUAGACUGGUUGUCUAUGGUUUAUAUGUUAGCAUAUAUACCGUUAAUAUUUCCAGCCACGUGGCUUCUUAACAAAAAAGGCCUCCGUGUUGUUGCGAUUUGUGGCUGUUUUCUUAAUGCACUUGGGGCAUGGCUCAAAGUAGCAUGUGUAAGUCCAGACAGAUUCCCAGUGCUUAUGUUUGCUCAAACAAUUUGUGCCAUUGCUCAAAUUUUUAUACUUGGACUUCCAGCUAGGUUAGCUGCUGUGUGGUUUGGACCGAACGAAGUAUCAACAGCGACAUCAAUAGGUGUUUUUGGAAACCAGGUAGGGUGUGCAGCUGGUUUCCUGUUACCUCCAGUAUUAGUACCUUAUAGUGAAGAUUUGAACCAGAUAGGGAAAGAUAUUGGUACCAUGUUCUAUAUGGGAGCUGGCGUAACAACGUUCUUCUUUAUAAUGGUUAUAUUAAUUUUUAAAAAUGCUCCACCUAUGCCACCAAGCAAGGCACAGAUGUUAUCUGUUCAAAAUGCAUCCAAUGAACACUAUGGAGAAUCGUUAAUUCGAUUAGUCAAAAAUAGAGGUUUUAUACUGCUGACAUUGACGUAUGGCAUCAACACGGGAUCUUAUUAUGCAAUAUCAACUCUGCUCAAUCCAAUUGUUUUGUAUUAUUUUGAGGGUCACCAGAAAGACGCUGGUCAGAUAGGCCUUACUAUCGUUUUGGCUGGCGUCGUUGGUUCCAUAGUGGCUGGUGUUUGGCUUGACAGGACCAAAACGUUCAAGGGCACUACUGUUGGAAUUUAUUUCUUGUCCAUGGCUGGAAUGAUUGCAUUUACCUUCACCCUAAAAUUAGAUAUUCUUUGGGUAGUUUAUCUUUGUGCCGGAGCUCUAGGUUUCUUUAUGACUGGAUAUUUACCGGUUGGAUUUGAAUUUGCUGCAGAAAUAACUUAUCCAGAGUCUGAAGGUACAUCAUCCGGGCUUCUGAACGCUUCCGCACAGACUUUUGGCAUUAUUCUUACCAUUGGUAUGAGGGCAAUGCUGAACAACAUCAGUAUUCUAUCUGCCAAUAUAACUAUAUGUGUAGCCCUACUGAUAGGUACAGUUAUCACAGCCUUUAUUGGUGCAAAUUAUAGAAGACAAGAGGCAGGGAGAGAGAUGUUAGCAAAAAUUGAUCAGCUAGAGUACAAUGUUGAAUUGAAUGAAAAAUCCCAGAUGGCGGACCAACCUAUUAACGUGGACUAAUGUGUUGUAAUAGUGUGAACAGAGUAUGAUGCUGUAAUGUGUCGCUUUUGAUGAUAUGAUUUCAACAUCUAUACAAGUUUAGUAAAUGACCAACUGUGGGUACUUAAAAUCAUAUUGAUUGA